AUGGCGAAGAAGCAGGCGUAUAUUCCACCCCUCAUCGGGUGGCUGUACGACCUGGUCCUGUGGAGUUUCUCCGUGCUCAUCGACCUCUUCUUCCGCGAAGUGCAUCCUCGUGGAUCAUGGAAGAUCCCCCGCCGUGGCCCGAUCAUUAUUGUCGCCGCCCCUCAUGCGAACCAGUUCGUCGAUUCGCUCGUGCUUAUGCGCGUCAUCCGGAGCGAGGCUCAUCGCCGCAUCUCAUGGCUUAUCGCAGAGAAAUCAUUUCGUCGCAAGUUUAUCGGACUUCUCGCGCGGGGUAUUGGGACGCUGCCCGUUGCGCGCGCAAUGGACAACUUGAAACCCGGCACCGGUACCAUAUACCUCCCCGACCCUAUCAACCAACCAACCCUCCUGCGCGGUGUCAACACCAACUUUGAAGGACCUGGAUUCGAAACCGAAGGAACAAUUGCUCUGCCAACCAUCAACGGAACUUCCCACAGUACGGCGAUUGCGGAAAUUCAUGGACCAGAGGAGUUGGUUCUCAAGAAGCCGUUCAAGCACCGCGACGCUCUAUCGCAGUUGACUGGCCGUAAGGAUAUUGAUGAGGAUGGAAAUUUCACCGGAGAGUCUGCCAACCAAGACCCCGAGUUUAAGGGCACCAAAUUCAAGGUCGCCCCGCACGUCGACCAAACCGCGGUUUACAAGGCCGUCUUUGCUAGACUGAACGCCGGUGGUUGCGUGGGUAUCUUCCCUGAGGGAGGUAGUCAUGACCGUCCGUCUCUUCUGCCAUUGAAGGCUGGUGUUGCACUCAUGGCACUCGGCACUCUGGCAGACAAUCCAGACUGUGGUCUCAAAAUUGUCCCCUGUGGUAUGAACUACUUCCAUGCACACAAGUUUCGCUCUCGCGCCGUGAUCGAGUUUGGAAACCCGAUCGAGGUACCCAAGGAAUUGGUAGACCAGUUCAGAGAAGGCGAGCGUCGCGAGUCUGUGGGAGCACUCCUGGAUAUCAUCUACCAAAGCCUUGUGGCUGUUACCGUUACCAGCCCCGAUUAUGAGACACUCAUGGUCAUCCAAGCUGCCCGUCGUUUAUACAACACCAAGGGCAAGAAACUUCCGCUUCCAAUGGUGGUGGAGCUCAACCGUCGCCUCGUCACAGGAUAUGCGCAUUUCAAGGACGAUCCGCGUAUCGUCAGCCUCAGAAAGGGUAUCGUGGAUUAUAACAAACAGCUACGUAUCUUGGGUAUUCGCGACCACCAAGUCAACUAUGCCAAAUUUUCUAUCAUCCAGAUCAUUGCCACCCUGAUCUAUCGCCUGGGCAAGCUCGCCCUUCUUACCAUUGGAACUCUUCCUGGCUUGGUGCUGUUUACCCCGGUUUUCAUUGCUACCAAGUACUUAUCGAUCAUCAAGUCCAAGGAGGCAUUGGCUGCUUCUAGCGUCAAGCUACAAGGCCGAGAUGUCAUGGCUACUUGGAAACUUCUUAUUGCUCUCGCUUUCGCUCCGGCCGUCUACACGGCCUACACUGCCGCUUUCACUUAUUGGACCUACAAGAAUCGCAUCCAGGGCUUCAUGCCUGACUGGGUACCCCUCUGGCUGGUUGUGGUGAUAGGCGUGGUUCUUUUCCCCACGAUCAGUUUUGCUGCCCUUCGCAUCGGUGAAGUGGGAAUGGACAUUGUCAAGUCUCUUCGGCCUCUGGUCUUGUCACUCAACCCUUCGCCUGCGAACCCUUUGGUGAAGCUCCGUCAAACCCGUGCGGCGCUUGCUCAGCAAGUCACCGAAGCUAUCAACACCUUGGGCCCCGAGCUAUUCCCAGACUUCGACGCCGCACGUAUCGUUUCCGGUCCCUUCCGUGAACCCAACCACGAAGAAGCUAUUGAAGACGACGAGCCAGGUCUCAAGCGCAUUCAAACAGCCGAUCGAAGCGAGGGAUUCUCGUCCCAGGAGCCUCUACCACGCAAUGAGUCGUUCCACAACCUAGCCAACAUUGGAUUCUUCUCCACGAGACCUCCUAGCCGCAACCGGAGCCGUAGCAGUUCUGCUGGGCCCCGACCCGGCUCACGACAUGGUCUGAAGCCUCUCAGUCCCAUGACUCCCAAAGAUCCUUUAGAUGAUGUCAGUUCACGCAUUCGCGAUGCCAUGAGAGAGCGUGGGGAGCGCCGGCGCCGACGAAGCGAGGACGGAAGCUGGGACAUGGCCAGCUCGGGAUCGAGAACACCAUCCAGUGGCGAUGAAUCACGAAAAGAUCUAUAA